AUGCCUCCAAUUAUAAGAAAGAAUAUAGCGGCUUUAGGUCUCAAGAGAAGAAAUCAAGUUGUUUACCAAACUAUAUCAGCAGCUACUGCUAUCAAGUUAUCCAAGGUUAAAGAAUUAAUUAAAGUUGAACUUGUUGAAGAAAGACAAACCCCACAAGAGAUCAACCAAGAUAGAAAAUUCAAACCAGGCUUUGAAAUAGAAAAGGGAGAAAAUAGAGUGACUAAUUCAUUAUUUACUUCCACAUUUGCCAUUUGUGUGUUGUUAGUUGGAGCAAAUUCGGUAUUACCUUGUCCCGUUGAUAGUGUCCAUGGUAAUGAAUCUGUGAUCGAUGAGAGAUUGAAAAGACAACAACAGAAAUUAAAUGAAGAUAAGACCAUAUAA